AUGUUCCCACCGGAGCCAGUGCAGGAGCCGUGGGAGCUGCUGCGGAGCCGCCGGUGCCUGGGAGCUGCAGGCUGGGCACAGCAGGAUUUCAUCUUCCAGAAGGAGCUAUUUGCUGUGAGAGACACAGAUCCCAUGCACAACCUCUCUGCUCAGCCCUGGCAGGCAAAGAUGGCCAACCUGACCUAUGACAACUUCACCCUGGGCAACCACUCCGAGGUGGCUGUGCAGCCUCCCACCAACUACAAGACAGUGGAGCUGGUUUUCAUUGCCACUGUCACUGGCUCACUCAGCCUUGUCACCGUGGUGGGGAACAUCCUGGUGAUGCUCUCCAUCAAGGUGAACCGUCAACUCCAGACUGUCAACAACUAUUUCCUCUUCAGCCUGGCCUGUGCAGACCUCAUCAUCGGGGUCUUCUCCAUGAACCUCUACACGGUCUACAUCAUCAAAGGCUACUGGCCACUGGGGGCCGUGGUGUGCGACCUGUGGCUGGCUCUGGACUAUGUGGUGAGCAAUGCCUCUGUCAUGAACCUGCUCAUCAUCAGCUUUGACCGGUACUUCUGUGUCACCAAGCCCCUGACGUACCCGGCCAGGAGGACCACCAAGAUGGCAGGGCUAAUGAUCGCGGCCGCGUGGAUAUUGUCCUUCAUUCUCUGGGCCCCUGCCAUCUUGUUCUGGCAGUUCAUUGUGGGCAAGAGGACAGUCCCUGAGAGGGAAUGUUACAUCCAGUUCCUCUCCAACCCAGCGGUGACAUUUGGCACAGCCAUUGCUGCUUUUUACCUGCCCGUGGUCAUCAUGACGGUGCUGUACAUCCAUAUCUCCCUGGCCAGCAGAAGCAGGGUAAGGAGGCACAAGCCUGAGAGCAGGAAAGAGAGGAAAACCAAGUCCCUCAGAUUCCUCAAGGGCCCCAUGGUGAAACAGAACAACAAUAAUUCUCCCAAGAGGGCUGUGGAGGUGAAGGAGGAGGUGAGGAAUGGGAAAGUGGAUGACCAGCCAUCUGCACAGACAGAGGCCACUGGCCACCAGGAGGAGAAGGAGACAUCCAAUGAGUCCAGCACCGUCAGCAUGACCCAGACCACAAAAGACAAGCCCACAGCAGAAGUCUUGCCAGCAGGGCAAGGACAGAGUCCAGCCAACCCCCGCGUGAACCCAACUUCCAAGUGGUCCAAGAUUAAGAUUGUCACCAAGCAGACUGGGUCUGAAUGUGUCACCGCCAUUGAGAUCGUCCCAGCUAAGUCAGGUGCCUCUAACCACAACUCCCUGGCCAACAGUCGCCCAGUCAAUGUUGCCAGGAAGUUUGCCAGCAUCGCCAGGAGCCAGGUACGGAAGAAGCGCCAGAUGGCUGCCCGGGAGAAGAAAGUCACCCGCACCAUAUUUGCCAUCCUGCUGGCCUUCAUACUCACGUGGACACCCUACAAUGUGAUGGUCCUCAUUAACACCUUCUGUGAGACCUGCGUGCCCGAAACAGUGUGGUCCAUCGGCUACUGGCUCUGCUAUGUCAACAGCACCAUCAACCCAGCCUGCUAUGCCCUCUGCAAUGCCACUUUCAAGAAAACCUUCAAGCACCUUCUCAUGUGCCAGUACAGGAACAUUGGCACAGCCAGAUAAACUGGUACUCAGGGACCACUUCAGUAUCCUUAUGGAAACCCUUCCCUUUGCCUCCUUUGCCAGCAGGGGUUCUUCUGCUCACCACUCACAACAGUGCAGACUGUGCAGUGAUUGCAGAGGAUGCCCUUCAUCCAACGCUGACAAAAAUCCAAGGCAUUUCUGAGCUACAGGUCCUUCCAGUCACUCUGGGCCUGGGGACUAGCUCAGGGAGCCAGCGGGAAAGCCAGAGGCAAGAGGAAAUGUGGUCACCAGGAGCCCUUCCCAGCUCCAUGCUCUUCAGAUUGGGCAAAUGGCAUCAGUGUUUCUCCUAAGACUGGAUGUACCUUUUUCCCCAGCUGACCAUCUCCAUGGCAUCAGAUCUUGUCUGCAUGCAGAUGGGCUAAUGCUGGAUGCUUUCCAUUGGCUUAUAAAGCGUUUAUUACCCAAGAAAUGAAAAGAAACCAGGGUCAAACAUUGCUAGACAUCUUGGACCAGGCUGACUCAGGCAGGCUAAUGGGGAGUCCUGCUGGCCCAGGCAGGCCCCCUGUGAAAGCAGUCAAGAUUGGACCCUAACAGAUGUGGCAGGAUGCUUUCUUUCCCUUGAGAGUGCCAUCGGACAUCCUCACCCAGGGUCCUGGGGCAGAAUUUUUCCCUGGGCUCGGUCUCUGCUCUCCCCUUCACAUCCUUUCUGCCCUCAGACAGCAAUUUGCUGGAAAGACAGAGAGAUAAACCAAGCAUUUCACUCCUGGGUAAGGAGUGUGAAACGCAGUUUCCUCCGACAAUGAUGGAAACUAAAACUGGAAAGAAAAGCCCUGGUGUGGUGCAGGACUUUGUUCCACAGCCCUGGGGGAAUGGGGACCCUGAGUAGUGGGCAGCAGUGACUGUGAAAAUAACUGUCCUUGGGAGAGACAGGGGGGACUCAGAAGGGUGGGAAGAGGGUCUGCAAUGUGGCCAAGGGGCCCCGUGUCUCAUCUGGGCCACGAGCAGGUCCCCGCUCUCCCUGCAGUGGGUGUGGGAGGCCUAAUGCAUGGCUCUGGAGGCAGGAGAGGAUGACGGUAGCCUCCAGCCCCCUCCUGCCCCGAGUGCAGGGGGCUCCUCCAGGGAGGCCAAAGGAGCCGGUUGCUGAGCUUUGUACAUGGAUGUAACGCUGUCAUGGGCGUUGUGGCAGAGCCCUCAGCAUGCGGGCUUCAGCCAGCGUCUCCAGCCUCCUCCCAGCCACCCCUGUGUGCAGCCCAGAGCGCCCUGGGGCUGCUCCCCAGCUUCUCCCAAAGCCGGGUGCAAGCCUUCUCCUUGCAGCCAGGUGCAGGCAAGGGAUGGGAUGGGGCCGCUCUAGCACUGGCGAACUCUGUGUCCAUAUGUCCUUCCUGUCCUCAUGCCAGGGUGCAACCUGCAGAAAGGCUGCCCCAGCCCAGAUGGGAGCCCCUCCAUCACUGCCUUUAGGGGUACCCAAAAUGCCUGGUGGGUUUCUGGGUAUUUUUAAAUGGUUACA